AUGACGUCAUUGUCAAGAAAAAGUGCAGCGGCCAUUGCUGCAAUCUUGACCGUGGUCUUGGUCAUCUCGAUCAAGUACAUGGGCGGGUUUGAAUUGUUGUCCAGUAAAUCUGAAGAGAGCAAAGAGUCCAAACGGAGCAGUGAUGACGUUUUGAAGGUCGUCAAGGAAAAGGUCAACAAUGAGCACUCUAUGACCAUAGUGACGUUGUUCGUCCCCAUGGGUACAUUCCAGAAGGGAGGGGGAGGUAACUUCUACACAGUGGACAAGUACAAGAACUGGAUGCUGACCUACAGCUGGCUGACCAACAAGGUCGUCGCUUUCUUCACUGACGAGGAAUCUCUGCAGUAUUUUAAGAAAAUGCGAGAGGCCCAGCCAGCUGACCGCACGAUCCUCAUCAAACUGGACAGCUCCCAGCUCGACGCCUUCAAGAACUACGAGACCGUCAAGAGCAUCUUCGCGGCGCCCGACUACCCCAAGCACCACCCCAACACCGUCAACGCCAACUACUCCAUCGUCAUGAACGCCAAGUACGACGCCCUGCAGAUGGCCAUGGAUAUGGGUCACGUGGACACGCCCUACAUCGCCUGGCUGGACAUUGGGACGUUUCGCAACCUCGUGGACAUGCGUCCCCCCAACAACACGUUCACCCUGGAGGUACCGGACGGGUUCGACAAUGCCAAGGUCGCCUUCACGGAGGUCACGCCCCACGACCAGCUGAAGGACACCAGCCCCUGGGACUACAUCCGGUCAAACCACGUCUGGGUGGCGGGCAGCUUUCUCUUUGGUACCACACAGGUGAUCAAAAAAUUUAUCACCGCCUACAAGACGACGGUGGAGCUGCUGCUCAAAGAACGGCAAGCCAGUACCGACCAGCAGGUGAUUGGUGCCAUGUACUCACCCAAGUUCAUCAAGGACAGGGACGUGCACAUCCAGACCUACACGUGCAGGGACGGGCAGUACGGGCUGGGGGGGUCGGACAUUCAGUACUUCUGUCUGGCUUACAUGUGUAGGGAGGCGGCGGAGAAGAGGGCCUCGCCCAAGGUGUAACUUUGUUACAUGUCUACCAUUAAGUGAAACUUUGUUACUGGAGUAAACAAAGAUGUAACUUUGUUACAGAACUACCAUCAAGUGUAAAUUUGUUACAUGUCUACAAUCAAGGUGUAACUUUGUUACAGGACUAACAAAGUGUAACUUUGUUACAGACGUACCAUCAUGUGUAACUGUGUAACAUGCAUAACACAGUUGUAACUUAGUUACUGAGCUACAAUCAGCUGUAACUUUGUUACUGAGCUACCAUCAUGUGUAACUUUGUUACAUGGAUAACCAAAGAGUAGCUUUAUUAGAGGGCCUAACAAUGUUUAUCUUUAUUAAAGAGCUUAAAAAGGAUUAGAUUUCUCACAAUGCUACACACGAUGUAGCUUUGUUACAAAACUGUAGCUUUAUUAAAAGUCUAUCCUAAAGUGUAACUUUCUAACAGAGUUAACACCUAGAUUUGACUUUGUUACUGGGCUAAACACUUUGUAGCUUUGUUACU